AUGGCUUCUACUGGAGGCGGCAACUCCGCCUUCCGGAACUACAACAAUGAGUUGGUUCACGUGGAGGAUCCCAAAGAGCGCCGUCGUCAGGCUCUGGCCGAGAUUGACAAUGCCAAGUUCGGCUGGUACCACGUUCGCGCUGUUGUCGUUGCCGGUGUGGGUUUCUUCACCGACUCCUACGAUAUCUUCGCCAUCAACCUGGCCUCCAGCAUGUUGGGUGUUGUCUUCUGGCAGGACGCCAAGUCCAGCCCCGGCAAGAUUCCCUCGAGUGCAGAUACUGCCAUCAAGGUGUCUACCUCUGGUGGUACGGUGAUUGGACAGUUGUUUUUCGGUUGGCUUGCGGAUCGCAUUGGUCGUAAGCGCAUGUACGGUAUUGAAUUGAUGAUCAUCAUCAUGGCCACUCUGGCUCAGGCUCUCUCCUCGGACUCGCGUGCUAUCUCCAUCGUUGGUAUUCUCAUCUUCUGGCGUGUUAUUAUGGGCAUUGGUAUCGGUGGCGAUUACCCUCUAUCUUCUAUCAUUACUUCAGAGUUCGCGACUACAAAGUGGAGAGGUGCCAUGAUGGGUUCCGUGUUUGCCAUGCAGGGUUUCGGUCAGUUCGCGGCGGCCAUCGUCGCUCUGAUUGUUACUGCCGGCUUCAAGGAAUCUCUGGAGACUGCCGGCUCCGUGGGCAAGUGCUCCGGUGUUUGCCAGCUUGCUGUCGACAAGAUGUGGCGUGUGGUUAUCGGUUUCGGUGCCGUCCCUGCCUGCAUUGCCCUCUACUACCGUCUCACCAUCCCCGAAACUCCCCGCUACACUUUCGAUGUUGCCCAUGACAUUGUCAAGGCCGACGAGGAUGUUCGUGCCUAUAUGACCGGCAAGCACGAGGGUCACCCCGACGAGAUGCGCCGCCAGUCCGUCCUCCAGAAGCACGCCGGUGACGUGACCCACAAGGCCAGCUGGGCUGAUUUCUGGCGCCACUACUUGCAGUGGAAGAAUGGAAGUAUCCUCCUUGGCACUGCUGGUUCUUGGUUCUUCCUCGACGUUGCGUUCUAUGGUCUUGGUCUCAAUAACUCCAUCAUCCUGAGUGCUAUCGGCUGGAGCGGCGGCAAGAACGUCUACGAGGUCUUCUACAAGAACGCCGUCGGUAACCUGAUUCUGAUCUGUGCGGGUGCCAUCCCCGGCUACUGGAUGACGGUGGCCACCGUCGACACCAUCGGCCGCAAGCCCAUCCAGCUGCUUGGCUUCAUCAUCCUGACCAUCGUCUUCAUCGUAAUCGGUUUCGCCUACGAGCCCCUGAAGAAAUCCAACAACGGUCUGCUGGGUCUGUACGUCAUCGCGCAGUUCUUCUUCAACUUCGGCCCCAACGCCACCACUUUCAUCGUGCCCGGCGAGUGCUUCCCCACCCGCUACCGGUCCACCUCGCACGGUAUCUCCGCCGCGUCCGGCAAGGUUGGCGCCAUCAUCGCGCAGUGUGUGUUUGGGCCUCUGGUGCACAAGGGCGCCAAGGACUCCUCGCAAUCCCCCUGGCUCAACCACGUCAUGCAGAUCUUUGCUCUGUUCAUGCUGUGCGGCUGCUUCACCACUCUGCUCAUUCCCGAGACCAAGCGCAAGACCCUGGAGCAGUUGUCCGGAGAGGAGUAUGAGAGUGAUACCCUGGUGCAGAACUCUCCCAUGAUCCAGGCGCAGAAGAAGGUGGAUAAUUCAAGUGUUGCGGCUGUUUAG